CCCAUUAAUCACAAACCCAAAACAAGGGCGGUAGAGCAAAAGGCACAGGUCAAGCCUUUCCCUCUAUUCUUCGUCACACUGGUUAAAGCGCUAUUUAGGGUUUUCUCCGCAUUGCAUUAGAACCGGGGUUUCUAAGAACUUCUCGGGCUAGGUUUUCUGAAGCAUAUUUCUCCUGGCUUUAGGUUAGUGGGCUACGGCUUUUGAGCUAGGGUUUGGGAGCCAUGGCGGAGGAGCUCCAGUUCUCUUCUCGAAGUGAGAACAAGCGAAAGUUUGAAGACCCUACAACUGCUGGUCCUCGAAGACCGACUGGUUUUUCUUCUCCUCCUCCUGAUUCAGGAGAGAAGCCUGCCUAUGAUUUGAGUAAUAGCAAUGGAGGUGGAGUUGUGCCAGAGGAGAUCGAGAUAGCGAAGCAGAAAGCGCAGGAGAUAGUGGCCAGGCUUGUGGGGAAUGCAGAUGCUAAGCGUGUUCGAGUUGAUGAUGGAACUGAGAAGGGUGCCGAUGGAUAUCGGCCUUCGGUUGACCUUGGUCAAAAGCUUCCUGGUUCGCAUAUGAUCAAUUCACAGGGUAACGCGCUUCCACCUUCAACAUACCCAGGUGCAUAUGGCUUUCAAGGAACAAGUAAAAAGAUUGAAAUACCAAAUGGCAGGGUUGGUGUUAUCAUUGGGAAGAGUGGCGAUACAAUCAAAUAUCUUCAACUCCAGUCUGGUGCCAAAAUUCAAGUAACAAGAGACAUGGAUGCUGACCCAACAUCUCAAACAAGGCCUGUAGAACUCUUGGGUACUCCUGAGCAAAUCAGCAAGGCUGAACAGUUGAUCAAUGAUGUCCUUGCUGAGGCUGAAGCAGGGGGAUCUGGCAUACUUGCUCGAAGGUUUGGUACUGCUCAUUCUGGAAGUGAGCAAUUUGUACUGAAAGUUCCAAAUAACAAGGUGGGUUUGAUCAUAGGCAAAGGUGGUGAGACAAUUAAGAAUAUGCAAAGUCAGUCUGGAGCUCGUAUUCAGCUUAUACCUCUACAUCUCCCUCCUGGCGAUGCAUCAACAGAUAGGACAGUUCAGAUUGAUGGAACCAAGGAACAAAUUGAAAUGGCAAAGCAAUUAGUGAAUGACAUAGUCAGUGAGAACCGCCUCAGAAACCCACCAAUGAGCGGAGGGUAUAUUCAACAAGGGUACCGUCCCCCACGCCCUCCAGCAAACUGGGGCCCACCUGGCCCACCUCCAACACAACAACCUGGAUAUGGCUAUCCACAAACAGGGGCUUAUCCUACACCGCCACCUGCACCACAGUUUAAUAGCACCCUUCCUCAACCCCCUUACUCAGGUUAUCCUCAACAAGCGUCUUCUGGUUGGGAUCAACCUCCCCCUGCUCCUUCUCAGCCAACACCACAGGGCACCAGUUAUGAUUACUAUGGCCAACAGCAACAGGCACCUCCACCUCAAGGAACCCAACAAAGCUCGAUGGAUAAUACAAACAGUACUAGCACUACCACUUAUGGUUAUAAUCAGCAACCUCCUCCUGCUAACUAUACACAGCAAGGAUCAUAUGGAGAACCCAGUUACCCCAACCAACCUGUUGCUCAAGGUUAUGGCCAGCAAAGCUAUGGUGGUAGCUAUCAAGCGCCGAGUACCACUACUCAACCGAGCUAUGGUCAGCAACCAACUAAUCCUCAACAAGGGUACACACAAAGCUAUAGUGCUCCUCCACCCUAUGAAGCUGGCCCCACACCUCCUUCCUCGUAUGGGCCUCAGAACCCUUCCUCUCAGCAAGCUUCAGGACCAGUGGGUUAUAACCAAGCAGGUCCUACUGGCUAUGGUGCACCGCCUUCUUCUCAGCCUUAUGUGAACCCUCCUCCCCAAGCUGGCUAUGGGCAAGCCGGCCCUACAUCAGUUCCUCCUACAAACUAUGGGCAGAAGCCCCCUGUGCAGCCUCUUUAUACUGGCCAGCCUGCCUCUACCACCCAAACAGGCUCUAUUCAGCCUGGUUAUAAUCCUCAAGUAGGCUCUACUCAGCCCGGUUAUGGUGGCCCACCGCCAUCAGCUCCUAGCUAUGGGCAGCAAUCCUAUGGCGCUCCUGUGGCUUCUCAGCCUGCACCUUAUGGUGCCCCGCCAACCUAUAAUGAUCAGUAUGGUGCCUAUUCGCAGCCUCCAGUGUAUGGUUCUGAUGCCGCUCCUGCAGCGCAGGCCCCCCCGGUGCAAGCUGGAGUUGUCCCCAAGGCGUCACCUCAGAGCUGAUCAAAGGUAUGUAAUCACGUUUUAUUUUUUUAUUUUUCAUUUUUUAGUGAGAGAAAGAGUUGUACUUUUUCAUUUCCUUCAGUAAAAUUUUGGUGUGGGUUGUUGUUAGCUGAUCUGAUGAUAAAAUACAUAUUGGAAUUCGCUGUUAACGGUUAUUGUCAUUGUAUGGAUUUUGAGACAAGUGGUUGGUUGAUGGUCUUUCCACAGUUGUUUUGGGGUAGCAGGGCUGUGCAGCACAGCCUGUGCUAUUGAAGUUGGAUAAUUGAUUAUGGUAUGAAUGGUUAUGGGAUUUACAUGAGUUGCUUUC